CACAUAAGUUCGUUCGCGAGUAGUUUGGCAUGCCGGCGAGUGAAGGAAGGAGUGCAAUAUUGCAGCAGUUCAAUAACUCCUCGCCAUCCUCAUAACCAUAUCGUGCAAGUCUCGGAAAGGAAAGCACUUUUUGACAGAUUGUACAAAUAAAUAGUUUUCCACCGUAUGGACCUUUCUCACGGAAUCUCUGCACAUUCUGUACCGUCAUUUAACUAAAUCCUCUAUCUAUGGAUAUACUUAUCGCAUUUCACGUAUAACUGGAAAUAUGGGAAAGAGUGCAGCAUGCUAAUAUAACUCGCAACAAUUCCAGAAUGGAUUGGUCAACGUCGGAACGAGGAAAUCGUGAAACUCGGAAUGCCUCAUCCUCAACUCUACCCAAAAACUCAUUAAGGACCAUUUAAGAGGAAAAUCUGCACAGAACGGACUGGCUGCUUCUUGUCACUGUUGGAUUGAACAAUUUUCCAUCAAUCUCACGAGGCAAUCACCUCAGAAAUUUCUCCAGUCGACAAUAAACCACACCAACAUAUUUAGUAGGAUGGGUUACUUAGCAGGGGAUCUACUCUAAUCCAGUCAGUCGCUAGGUUGUUAGUCUACCCUGCGGGUGUUGGUGAAAGUGGGAGUAGAUCCACCAUCCACACCUCAGCAGACGACCACGUCGGACUAAAACACGAUGACCAUGGACUGGAGAACGGUGGUUGGAUUCACAGUAAUUUUCCACUGUGCCGUCUACGCCCUUCGGAAGGAAUGGAUUCUUCGGAUUGACACGAGGAAGCUGAACGGACCAAUCAACUCCAUAGGGAUACAUCCCAUACGGAAAUACUUGAGGGUGUGGUUCAGAGCAGGAACGUACGCCACGAUAAUUUUGGGAUUUCCUUUUACACUGUUCCUCUUUCUGAGAACCAUCUUUUACGCCUUCUUCCCCUCCAUCGUUGCAGUUGCGGCUGCUGUCACUCCAGCGUCUAUUUUGGAGCAACAACAACCGCUAGAGUUGCACCAUGAGCAGUUGAGCCCAUAUCCAGACGCGGACGUGGGGGUACAGCAGCAAGAUUCGGGUGAUUUCGAAGAGGGCAAUGGUAACCCAACGUACUUGGCUAUUCAACCAAUCCUGCCAGGGUGGAAUCUCCCAAUCACCCAUCUCCCGUACUACCUCAUCGCCAUCCUCAUCUCGGUCGUCAUUCACGAGCUUGGUCACGCCAUUGCCUCGGCGGCUCACAAAGUUCCGAUCCAGUCGGUGGGAGUGUCCAUUUUUGGCCCACUGAUCCCAGCUGCUCAUGUGGAACUCAAUUCCACGCAGUUGAGAGAAACCCCCAUCCGGAAGCAGUUGGAUAUUCUUACUGCGGGCGUAUGGAUGAACCUCUACCUGGCAAUCAUCACGUACAUCGUUGUACCAAAAAUGUUGCCAGCUUUGUUAUUUCCCACGCACUCCAUGGGCACAGGACUCACCGUAACAGGUGUCUGGCCUAGCUCUGGCAUCGGAGGCCCUGGUGGACUUGAUGUUGGAGACGUGAUAAUAGGCAUAGAAAAUUGUCCUGUCAAAGACUUGGACACGUGGUAUACGUGUUUAGAGAAAAUAUGGCAAUCAGACCCAGUAGGAUACUGUGUUAGUGAUGAUGUACUUAUGAGAUUCUCAAACAACACUGAAGGUUGUUGUGGGUCCAAUGCAGAUGACUCCCCCACGCAUCUGUGUUUUCUACAAAUGGACGCCGACAAUCCACUUCCCAUUCCCAACUCCAAAGUUGCUUCCAAUCCAAACGCUACUGGAAAAGAAGAUGACUCGGGAGGUCAGAAGGAAAUAGCCCUCGUUCCAGAAAAACCUGACCACAAUAGAACUAGUUACUGCCUUCCGGCACAACCAGUGGUGGCCGAGGCGUCUCCGCUACCAGACCUAAGCGACCAUACUUCUGAAGAGGGGGAGGAGACGAGUACAGUCUUUGUGGGAUGGGAAGGACGGUGUCACAGCCCUAAAUAUUCCUGCUUGGAGUAUCAAGGCCACAUUCCGCACGAGUCCAACCUAGCCGACGCCGCCUCCUCAGACAGUGCUGCGGCAGGUUCUGAGGUCACCACGGGGGGUGAGGACGCAAGUAAAGUGGUGAACGAGUCUCACCACUGCUUCCUUCCUCGUAUGGUUCGUAACCUCAAAAGAUUCCGCAUCGUACAAAUCCAGCGUCGACAACAAGCCGUGAAAACGCCCGUGCUCUUUGUUGGAAAUGUUAUGGAUUUGUAUAACGGGAUGAGAAAUAGUGAGUACGUCCCACGGUCCUGGUUCCUCUCCAACUUUUUCGGAUUUUCUGGAUUUUCAAAACUGCCAGAAAAACUGGAGACCAUGUUACUUCUAACUGCGGGUUUGUCAGCUGGUCUCGCUGUUGUGAAUAUGCUUCCUAUUUACGGACUCGAUGGUUAUCACAUCGUGGAUGCCAUGGCCAGAGCGUAUUUCACCAAUAAGUGGGAACCCCGCAAGAGAGUGGUACAGGUCAUUUCUUGGAUCGCCCUCGCCAUCGCCCUUCUCACCAUGUUCUGCUCAUUCGCUCAAGCCCUGUAGCCCUCUGCCACCCAACAUUUCCACCUCUUCAUUCCACUAUCCCCCGUAACCCCGUCGUCAUCUGAAGGGAUGCCAGAAAAACAAUUGGUCCCACAGACUGACAGACAAAUCUCGUCAAGUCCAGUAACAAAGAAAAUGCAAACCAAAUCAGAGGACGAUGACGACCAGUCAUGAAAAUGAAGAUGAUGCUGAGAGCUACGCUGCAAAAUUGUUGCAAAGUAUUGAAGAAGAGGAUACUGACUGAAAAGCUUUUUACUACUAAAUACUACUACUACUGCUACGUGUUAAUUGUUGGUGCAUGCUUUCAUAAAUAUUUAACAAGUCCAGAGAUAUAUUCUUGUACACACUCUUUUACCAAAUAGACUAUAAAAUAUAAUGCUACAGUAAUAUUAUGACUUCACACACCCACGGUUCUCAUGUGUAACUUUAUUUAAAAUAUUUUGCCUUAUUGUAGUCAAGUACUGUAGUAAUUCUGUCGUUGAUUGACAGACCUGGUUCUUGCGGUCAAUAUAUAUACUCGCGCAAACUAACCAUUCCAAAGUUGUUAAUAAUUUAUAGUUGUAUUGAUAAUUUGCACUAACUUAUUUAUAAAAUUGUUUAUAUUUCUGCCCACAAUUAAUCGCCUAUAACGUUGAUGCUUGAUCAAUUCUUUUACUUCAUAUUAAUUAAUUAAUUUCGGGCACCACAGACUUCGCUUUGUCGACUCUUAUAAUGAGAAUCAUAUCGGUACAUAUUAUUGUGAUUGUGGCAUUAUUCGCCCCACACUAAUACAUGUUCAUGAAGCUGUUAUUAUUUAGCAUAAAUUAUCCAUUAUUAUGAUUAUUUAAUUAUAAUUUGAAGAUUUAAAAAAUAUCUCUCGAGUGUUAAUCAGUCUAUAAUUAUAGACCAAAGUCGUAUUGUUCUCAAUGUUUAUGGGGUAGUUAAAAUUGAAUUAUUGCAAUGCGGACUAUAUGAGUUUGUGCUCAAGAAAGUUGUCGUAUUUGUAUUUCGAUGUGGGUUGAAACCUAAAUGUCAUUCUACUAUUAUUUAUUUAAUUUACAGACCUCAGUAAUAUAACGAGUAGUACUACUUUUGCUAAAUAUUUUAAUUGUCGUCAAGAUCUAAAACCAAAUGCCAAAAUGGCUGGUGCUCCAAUAAAGAAUGAAACAAGA